UGGAAGCAGGCUUCCCUCAGGGACAUUCCCGAUGCCUGCACACCGCAGGGCCCUCGAGUCCCCCCGCGUGUGUGAUUCGCUUGCACCGUCCUGAAACUCUACUCAGCACUCCACAGUUGGCACAUGUCACCCUCUCUCCUCGGUCUUCAGGCCCGGGCAAGCUGGGCACCUGGCCGCGUCCUCCACCCUUCGCGCACGUCCCUCACGCCCGCCGCGUCACGCUCGCCCCGCCCAUCCCGCCAGUGCCCUCCCCGCGCGGGCCCUCGGUGACAUUGAGCGCCAGCGCCGCCGCCACCGCCGAGGGGUGCUGUGCGUCGGCGGAGCAGGCGGCCAUGGGGAGCCUCCGCGGCCUGCGCCUGGCGGCUGGACAUUGCUUUAGGUUAUAUGAAAGAAAUGCUUCCUCUUCUCUAAGGUCUACCAGGCACACUGACUUGAAGAGGAUCAAUGGAUUUUGCACCAAGCCACAGGAAAGUUCCAAAGCUCCAACCGAAUCUUACAGACACAGAGUGCCCCUGCACAAACCCACGGACUUCGAGAGGAAGAUACUGUUGUGGUCAGGACGCUUCAAAAAGGAGGAAGAAAUCCCGGAGACAAUCUCGUUUGAGAUGCUUGAUGCUGCAAAGAACAGGCUCCGGGUGAAGGUCAGCUACUUAAUGAUUGCCCUGACAGUGGCAGGAUGCAUCUAUAUGGUUAUUGAGGGCAAGAAGGCGGCGAAAAGACAUGAGUCUUUAACAAGCUUGAACCUGGAAAGGAAAGCCCGUCUGAGAGAGGAGGAAGCUAUGAAGGCCAAAGCAGAGUAGAAGGAUUUGCGCUGGAUUUGGAAAACCUGGGAGUGAGGUUGUAGUAACAAGCUCGCACUGGAAAGAAUGUGGUACGACACACGCUUUGCAGGGAUUUAUUCCACUUCCCCACUUCUGCUGUAGAGGAACAAAUACAUUUUCUUAAAGAAUGACUUGUCUGUGUUUUUGUUUUGAUCCAAGUAAGACAUUGCCUCCCCAUGUUUCAGAGAAAGUGAAAAAGAGGCAACUAAUUUCAAACUUAAUAUUAACUCUGUGGAGCAUCUGGUACCCACCUAACUUCUACUCACAGACCAAAGUUGACGUAUCCCCCGAGGCCCAAAGAGUGUGCGUCUUCUCCGUUCUUCAUACCAUGUCUGAAGGGACAAGAAGACUAGCUGGGUACACUGCCCAGAUAUAUGUUGGGAAGCCAGCCUUCCAAAUGCCAGGGUGCCUCUGGGGAGACUGGAGAGCCGCCGGACCACACACUGUAUUGUCUAGCAUGCCAGAAGGCGGAGGCUGUAGAAGAGCCUUUGAGAAUGCCCUGACAAAGUCAUGAGAAAGUCUGCCCAAGAGUUUUGAGGUGCUUAUCAUUCAUGGAAGUGCUGGAGGCCAGCUGCCACCUUCUAAUCCAUGGCUUGGCUCCUAACUAGCCCCUUUGCUACCCCCAGGAAAUUAAAUUUUAUACUUACAAAAAUGCCAUCCCCAUUCUUGUUUGUUAGUGUGGGGAAAAUAAGCACUUAUACCCCGUGUGUUUCAGUGGGCUUCUUAUGCUACCACCGUGUCUGUACUCAGGUGGCUUCUACUCUCACGUGCCUCCCUAGCGCUAACAGAUGACGUCAUUACAGCCGCCCAACACACUACUUCUCAGAGUUAAUGCUUGUGAUUUUAAAAGUGUCACGUGCCAGCCGAGCAGUGGCAGUGCACACCUUUUAAUCUCAGCACUUGGAGGACAGAGGCAGGUGGGUCUCUGAGUUCAAGGCCAGCCUGGUCUACAAGAAAAGAAAAAGUGCCACACGUGCCACUGUCUGGGAACGUAAUACAUUUACAAUGGAAUGUUGCCGAUAGCUCCAUGAUCUAAUGUUCUUGAUGCUGUCUGUACACUGUUUCAUUUUACAUAUAAAUGCUUCGAUUUUUGUCACUUGCAAA